AGGGAGCCCGAGGAAAGCGGGAAUGUGGCAGAGAAACGUGGGAACCUGGUAGAGGAAAGCGAGAACCUGGUGGAGGAAAGCUGGAGCCUAGUGCAGAUAAGUGGGAACCUGAUAAAGGAAAUCUGGGAUGUGGCAGAGGAAAACAGGAGCCCGGCAGAGGAAAACAGGAGCCCAGCAGAGGAAAACAGGAGCCCUGCAAAGGAAAGUUGGGAACCCAGCAGAGGAGAGUGGGAACCUGAUGGAGGAAAGCAGGAGCCCAGUGGUCCCAGAGAACUGCAGCACAGCACCUGUCCCUCUGGAAGCCACUGCUGUCCUGGCAGAUCUCAGCCAGCCAACCCCGUGCCCUCCUCACCCGCUCUCCGUGCACUGUCAGGACACCGUGGGUCAGAACUGUUCUCCCCCUGCAGCAGGAGAUGCUGAAGCGGGGAUCCCAAUGGAGGUGCCGCAGGAGGAGGUUGCUGCAGAGAAGCUGUCAAUGCCCAAAACACCCUCUAAGGGUCUGGAAGAGGACAAGGGCCAGGAAGAGGAGGCUGUGAAAGAUUCAGAGAAUACUGGCCAAGAUCUGGUGGCCGACAUUCCUGAAGAACCGGGAAAGGAGGUGACACCAGAUGUCCACAAAACGACAGAACAGGCAGAUCCCAGCCCAGGGGAGCCGGAGAAGGACUCCUGCGUGGGCCGGCCCAUGGCCUGCCAGCGAAAUUCCACCCGGGAAUUUUACUCCUGCCCCAUCUGCAGGAAAACCUUCCUGCUGAAGAUCAACCUCCUGAUCCACCAGCGUGGCCACACCAACUGGGUGCCCUAUGUCUGCGUCCACUGCGACCGCAAGUUCAUGUCCAAGAAGAAGAUCAGGCGGCACCUCCGCGCCUGGGCAGCCAACGGGACGUGCCAGCCCUCGGAGCUGGAGGUGUGUCCCAGCCAGGUGCCAUUCCCAGCAUCCCAUCCCCAAACCUGGCCAGCUAACGGGACGUACCAGGCCUCGAAGCCAGAGGAGUGUCCCAGUAGGACACCAUGCCCAACAUCUCAGCCCCAAACCUGGGCACCCAAUGGCACCUGCCAGCCCUUGGAUGCAAAGGCAUGUCCCAGCCAAGGGACACCAUGCCCAACAUCCCAGCCCCAAACUUGGGCACCCAACGUGCCCUGCCAGCCCUUGGAUGCAAAUGCAUGUCCCAGCCAGGGGACACCAUGCCCAACAUCCCAGCCCCAAACUUGGGCACCCAACAGUGCCUGCCAGCCCUUGGAUGCAAAUGCAUGUCCCAGCCAAGGGACACCAUGCUCAACAUCCCAGCCCCAAACCUGGGCACCCAACGGCACCUGCCAGCCCUUGGAUGCAAAUGCAUGUCCCAGCCAAGGGACACCAUGCUCAACAUCCCAGCCUCAAACCUGGGCACCCAACAGUGCCUGCCAGCCCUUGGAUGCAAAUGCAUGUCCCAGCCAAGGGACACCAUGCUCAACAUCCCAGCCUCAAACCUGGGCACCCAACAGUGCCUGCCAGCCCUUGGAUGCAAAUGCAUGUCCCAGCCAGGGGACACCAUGCCCAACAUCCCAGCCCCAAACUUGGGCACCCAACGGCACCUGCCAGCCCUUGGAUGCAAAUGCAUGUCCCAGCCAGGGGCCAUGCCCGGCAUCCCAGUGCCCAACAUCCCAGCCCCAAACCUGGGCAGCCAAUGGCACCUGCCAGGCCUCGAAGCCGGAGGAGUGUCCCAGCCAGACCCUGUGCCCGUCCUCGCAGCCACAAGCCCCGAGCAGGGACUGUGGCACGGUGUGGCAGGAGCCCGGCCCUGCCAGGUGCUCGCUGCCACCUGGAAAAGUGAUGUACACGUGCACCGAGUGCCGGGAGAGCUUCUCCAACCAGGUCUUCCUGACGGUGCACCAGCGGCGGCACUCCGGCCACCACCUCAUCCUGUGUCCCUGCUGCAACCGCAGCUUCACCUGGGUCUCGGAUUUCGUCCGGCAGCACUGGAUGCACAUGGGUGUCCGGCCCCACCAGUGUGGCAUCUGCCAGAAAACCUUCAAGAGGUUCUACCACCUCAAGGUGCACCAGAGGAUCCACAGGCGGCAGGAGCGGCCGUUCACCUGCGCCAACCCGGGGCCCGUCGUGGCGGCACCCGCAGCUGGAGACGGGGUGGGAAGCCAGGCUGUGACCCCCCAGGGAUGGGGCGCUGCUGUGGGACCUUGAGGUGUCCUCCCGGAAUGGGAGGCCGCUGUUGGAUCUCAGGGUGUACACCCAGGGGUGGGAAGCUGCUGCUGGAAUUUGAGGUGACUUCCCAGAGGCUUGAGGUGACCUCCCACGAUGCUGCUGAUGGACUUUGAGGUGACGUCCCGGACACAGGGUGCUGCUGAUGGACUUUAAGUUGGCCUCCCUAGGAUAGGAGGCUGCUGUCUGAUCUUGAGGUGAAGAAUGGGAUGCUGUUGCUUGUGGGCAUUGAGGUGUCCUCUCAGGAAUGGGAUACGUGAUGAAUUUUGAGGUGUCUUCUCAGAAAUAAGAUGCUGCUGUUGAACCUGGAGGUGACCUCCUGAGAACAGGGUGGUGCUACUGGACCUUGAAGUGACUCCCAGGGAUGCAAUGCUGCUGCUGGAUUUUGAAGUGACCUCCUGGGGACCGGAGGCCACUGUCAGACCUUCUCCCCUCUAUCCCUCUCCAGAUGAAGGCUGGAACAUGGACAUUUUCUGGCUCCCCUGCCCUGGUGUGGGGACAGGGGGCACCUGCCCAGCCCAUGUGAGGGGGCUCCUUGUUCCCAAGCCCUGGUGGGGCGGGUGGGAUGCUGGGAGUGGGUCCCUUUUGUGGAGAGUGCCAAUAGAUGCUGUAGAAACCAGGAUGCUGCACGUGGAUUCCUUGAGGGGGCUCUGGGAGGGUCCUGCUGGGUCUGCCUGGGUGGGCAGCACCAGGAACGGGAUC